UAAAACCCAAAGGCCCAAAGCCCCAAACCCUCGCUGUCUCCCUUCCCAUUCUCGUCUCUUCAUCCUCCCUCCCUCCGGAGUCCUCGCAACAAUGGCGGCCACGGCCGUCGCCGCCCGAUCUAGGGCCUUAGCCCAGGCCGUCUCCUCCUCCCUCCUCCGCCGCAGCUGCCUCCCCGCCUCCCGCCGCGCAUCCUGCAUCAACAGGUUGCCCCUGGCGUCAGGCGGGUUGCUCUCCGCGCUGCCGCUCCACAGCGCCGUCGCGUCGGCGCGGCUGCGGUCGGCCAUCGCGUCUGAGUCGCGGAGCUGGUGCCUGGUCCCCCAAGGAAACUCCAUGCCUUUAUGACAGCACUACCACCCUUUUUGUAAUGUAUGUGUCCAAAUAAUUUGGGGGCACUUAUGCAUUUGUUCUUAAUGUAAGCUAUGAACGAUACUAUAAGGCCUCUCCUGGUGAUAAACAGUUCAGUGACAAAAAAUCAAUAUAUUUAUUUUGUGUUCAAUCCAGCUACUUAAUAUAAUCCUUAUAAUUU